AAACAUCAGUCAUCAUGUCAAAUAGUCGAUGCCACUUUUUACAGCUCGUUCCUAUCGAUUUUCUAAAAAAAUUGACAAAAUUUUAACUCGAAAACAGUCGAAAUUUUCGAUUUUUUUGGAAUUUCGCGGAAUGAUACAUCAUUCGACGCUAUAUUCUAUGCUGAUUACGAAUCUGUUAUUGGUUUUGAAGAAUAAACGUAUUUUGAUGUUGAAAUCGUCGAUUUUCUAGCCGAAAAUACUGAAAAAAUUGACCUGAAGAAAAUUUGGUCAACUCGUCUUGAAUUAUACAUCAGAAGAAUCCAUUUUUCAUGCUGAUUACGAAUAUGUCAUUGGUUUUCAAAAUAGAUGAAAUUUGAGAAAAAAUUCGCCGCCAUCAGGGUCCCAAUUGCUAAAUUUUGAGGUCAAUUUUAUCGAUCAGGAAAGCAUAUAAUUGAGUGAUAUUUUCGCGCUGAGUAGGUGUGCGUCAACCCCCCUUUCUUUCUCUACCCCCAUACCUUCAUACCCAAUUCCACCGGCUCCGCCGGGACAAAGCCCCUUUAAGCUGGAAAAGAAUGCAAAAUUGAAAAAAAAUCAUGAAAACAUCAGCGAAUCCACUGUUUUGCAUCCCUCCCCUCCCACGACCCUCCCCUCCCUUCGUGAAACAUCAGUCAUCAUGUCAAAUAGUCGAUGCCACUUUUUACAGCUCGUUCCUAUCGAUUUUCUAAAAAAAUUGACAAAAUUUUAACUCGAAAACAGUCGAAAUUUUCGAUUUUUUUGGAAAGAUUUUCUAAAAAAAUUGACAAAAUUUUAACUCGAAAACAGUCGAAAUUAUCGAUUUUUUCGCAUUUCGAGGAAUGAUACAUCAUUCGACGCUAUAUUUUAUGCUGAUUACGAAUCUGUUAUUAGUUUUGAAGAAUAAAAGUAUUUUCAUCUUGAAAUCGUCGAUUUUCUAGCCGAAAGUGCUGAAAAAAUUGACCUGAAGAAAAUUUGGUCAAAUUGUCUUGAAUUAUACAUCAGAAGAAUCCAUUUUUCAUGCUGAUUACGAAUCUGUCAUUGGUAUUGAAUAAAGAUAAAAUUUGAAAGAGAAAAGCUCCGAUCAGGUGCCCAAUUUCUAGAUAACUCAGAAAUCAUAUGCGUUAAAACAAUAAGAUAAUUUAUCAAAAAUAUGGUUGGUUCGUUGAUAUUUCAAGAUUUUACUUUGAAAUACUCAAUAUUAUUAUCAUUUUGUAGUUUUAUAAAUACUCUAACGAGGCAAUGAUAUCCAAUAAACAAUCAAUAUUUUUCUAUGACUUUUUCUAAGAUCUCGUUAAAAUACGAUUGUCAUAGAAUACUCUAUCGUCGUCUUAUCAAUGACAAAACAAUGAGUUUUCAUAGUUUCCUUACUAAAAAAAAAAUUUUCGAGACUUAAUACCUCUAUUUUUUCAAAAAUAGAUUGAGAUUGAUAAAAAUAUAUAUCCUCUGAUCAGGUCAUUUGAAUUGUUCAGCAGUUCAUAAGAUUCUCCAUCAAUAUUCAAUGAAUUUGGCAACUGAAAUCUAGACAAUUAUAGCGCUUAGGCACUUUUUAGCAAUCCUACUAGCAUCUGACAAGUAUGGCUCAUCCACCAUGCUACUAAUUCAUAUUUCUCUAUGAAACAUUACUCACAAUAUAUUCACUGAUAGUUGAAUCAUAUGACAUAUUAAAAACGAGUCUAACUUUUACUCUUGCAGAAUGUAGGCAAAUGCUAAAAAAUGGUGCUAAACGGGCUCUGUAAGUACUCCAGUGUAUGGAAUCAUGGUAAUAUCCUAAUGGUAUGUGUCUAUGAUCGUUAUCUACUUGUUCACAAAGUUUCAUUACGAUAUCACCCACCUGAAGUGGUUCGCGCCAAUUUUCCUAGCCCAUUUAUUGAUUUGGGCUUUGCCCAAUACCGCGCACCAUCACUUACUACGUCGGAUCUUGAUACAACCAACGUCAUUCGAUAGAGCAUGAAAAAAUUACCCUAACCCCCCCUGUAUACUUACCCCCCCUUUUAUAUAUAUCCUNAACAAUGUAGUAACGAAUAAAGGAAACCAUUGAUGAAGCUACGCAAUGAUGAAAUGGAUUAAAAGGUAUAGGAUAGCCUAUGGUCAAAAGGCAUCCAAUAGGAAGUGUUGAAAUACUAAAUGGGGUUUUUUGGUGGGGUGCAAUCGCCGAAUCGAAACAGGAAUGUACCAGUAUAAUGUUCUAACAUAUAAAAGCAAUAGAGCAUGCUACUAGUUCAAUAUGUGCUGCUAUAUAUGCCUACAGCUACAAGCAGUCUGUCGAUUUUUGCUAAAACCUGAAUUUCUGCCUCAGCCAUUGUGAAAAUGGUAGGAAACUGAGCGUAAUGGGCCCUAAAUGAAUAUUGGGCACGUAUAGGAAUCAAAGGGGUCAGUUGGACUAUGACUGAAGUAACUCAAAAUUGGUCCAUGUUUUAGGGCCCAUCUCGAAUCGAAGGGUGAGGUGAGAGACUAGCUGCCAUAAUCUAGAUUUCAUCCUUACUAAAGAAAUUAACAGAUGAGUUAUGAAAACUAAACGAUUUCAAAAAGAAAUCACAAGAUAAAUUCAUAAUUGAGGGUGAGAUAAAUAACCACAAUCAAUUUUUGUGGGUGUGAGUGUGGGUGUAUUAUUUUUAAAGGAAUUAACCACGAUCUAGAUUUCGACCUUUCUGAAGGGUCACCAUCAUAUAGUUGAAGCGCUGCAUAAUUCAAUGAAUUCAAUUGAAAAGAAAAAUUCAAAGAAAAAUUCUUCUCACUUUUAAUAAACGAAAAAGUAAAACUAGAGAUUUCUUAAAUAUAAAUAUAUAGUUGAAAUUCAAAGCAUCACGCGACGUGUUUCGAACUUGUACAAGGGUCUUUUUUUAUUAAAUAUCUCAAAUUAAUUAAAAAAUUAAUUUCAUAAUUGUAUUCUAUCAUCUCCAGGGCUCGAGUAGAGAAAGUUAUUCAGCUUUGGAUUCAAAAAAUAGCCAAUAUGUUCAGAAAGGACUAAAACGUUCCAUGUUUUAAAAUCUAAAUUUAAAUCAUAAAAGUGAGUUCGAUGACUCACUCUUCCUAGAACAAGAAAGCUUUAAUGAAAAAUUCUCGACUAUCUGGUUUCGGUUCGUCAACCGUGCAUGUUCAGUUACGUGCAAUAAUACAUAUUUGAAAACUAGAAUUCGUUUUUGAAAUAGUGGUCGCGUUCUUUUUUAGUACGCUUUUUAUAGGAUCAAUUUAAAACGUUCGGAGAAUACUUUCAAAUAUAAUUGGAAAGAAUAAUAGGAAGAAAAAAAAGCUAUAGAAUUUUUUUCUCUUCUAUUACCCUUAAACUUGUUAUGUUAUGGUUUAUUAGAAUUGCAUUUGAAAUGGCGACUGAAACGAAUUUUUUAGUAAAGAACGAAGAAUGAAAAAAAAAAUCUAUCGAAAUGAGAGCGUUUGUUUAAACUUCAUGUUAGUUUAUUCAUUUGAGAAAAAGUCUACCUUUAAAUUUGACGAUUCUCUUUCAUUCACAAUAGCAUUCUCAUUGUAGUUCAAAUUCUCGACAGUUUCAAUAGCAGAUGUGCACUUGCCAUGGAAGAUCCAUCAAAUACUAGCAUGUCACAGCGUAUCUCAGAGCUGGAUACAAUAUUAGAGAACAGGGUUAUAGAUCUUGAACACUUCACAAAAGUACAUGCAAAUGGCGAUAUGGAGAUAAAUUACUAUGAAGAAAUGCUGAAUAACAAAGCUGAACAAAUGAAGAAUUCGCUAUUCAAUGAUAUCGAGAGUUUACAACAGAACAUUCGCGCUUAUCGUCCCCAAAACUCAGAUAGUACUGAAACCCGAAGAAACUAUGCUCAAUUGGUUGAAAACUCUACUAAUGCUUUAAAAUUUACCACAAGCAAAAUAUCUCAUAUUUUCAGCCGUAUAUUGCAAGUGAUUAAGGAUAUCUGUAAUGCUAUCAGUGAGAAUGUUCCGAAAAUUAUUGAUUUCAUUUCAUCCAUAUUUUCUAAAUUUAUUUAUCCUUUAUUGAGAUGA